GCUUGAGGAAGAGUACUAAAAUCUUGGUUUUUAUACAGAAUUGUGCCAUGGCAACGCAAAAACCUGGGGAAUGGGUGCAGUCGCUCAUUUCCCGGUUUGAUGCACAGUUGCCAAUAAAGACGGGACUGCACACGACCCAGUCUGUGCAGAAUGUGAAGCAGAACAAGGAAUGCCUGGUGAAUGUGAGCAAGUACAAGUUCUCACUGGUGAUCAACGGCCUUACCAAGACCUUGCAGUCAGUCUCGCUCAUGCGAAUCUAUCAUCAAGAAGCAGAACGAAACCAUUAUGAAUCACAGCUGAUAAUUCUGGACACAUUGAAGCAGGUUUUGAAUUCUCAACCCAAGGAUACAUCUCGUCUAGAUGAGGCUAUGUACGUCAAGUUGCUUCUCCCAGAAAUUUGCAAGUUCCUAAACCAGCAGAGUGACAACCCAGUCGUUCCUCAACUCAAGAAGCUGGCGUCGGAAGUUCUCUUUGCUCUCAGUCUCAACAACUUUACAGCAGUCUUCAACAGAAUCUCAGCCAGAUUGGUGACGCUGUCGACCUGCAGUGAAGAUGCCUCUGACCUCUCUGAUCUUGAACUGAUUCAACACAUGAACAUGGACCUCAUUCGCUUGAGCAGACUGCUUAACGAGGUCGUGUCAAAGUUCAAGUCUCUGAAGUCCCGUCAUGUGAUCAUUACCCUGGGACAGAACCUGGAGAAAGCGAUCUGGAACUGGAUGGAUAAUUACCCAUCGGAGUUCACCGACCUGCAGAAGAGACCAAAUGAUGAACUUCAAGACUGCUGUGAUAAACUGUUUGAGCAUUUCAACACACUGGUGGAGGGGUCCAAGCGGAGGGUGUCGGUGUGGCCUCUUCAGAUGAUGCUACUUAUCCUCUGUCCUAAAAUUCUAGAAGAAAUCAACAAUGCCGACACAGGGGCCCCGUGCUCUUCACAACAUCUCAGGAAGAAACAUUUCAUUGAUGAGGUUAAAAAGGCGAUUGCGUGCCAUGGAGGGAACAAACAGUUUACAGAAGGCGCCGCGGUCACGUGCGUUCGUCUGUGCAAGGCUUCCACGUACAUCAGUAUCAACGACAGCCUCAAUGUCUUGUUCUCCCUCGUUCAGUCGGUCAUGCAGGAUCUCAAAAAUCUACUGUUCAGUCCUCCCUCCAACAGCAAGCCUUUCUACAAAGGUCAGAACAUGUACGGCCAAGACCUUGACCUUUACAUCGACUGCUUUGUGUCGUGUUUCCGCAUCACGCCGCACAACAAUGACGUUCUGAAAGUCUGCCUUAACGGUCAUUCUCCGCCAAUGUACCACUUCGUUCUUGUGAAUGCCUUACACCGAAUUAUAACGCAGGCACGUCUUCCUUGGUGGCCUGACAUCAGUCUGAUCUAUGGUAAAGCCGGGGAACUCCGAAACAUGUUCACUGACAUCGUCAACAAAGUCACACAGGGCUUCAGUAGCCACAACUGUCCAAAGACUAUAGCCAAGGUGACUGCAUCCAUCAAGCUGACGUCAAAAGCUACCGAUGAAACAUUCACAAGCUACAAGUACAUUCUUUUGUGGCUUGUAAAACUCAUCAAUGCCGACCCAUACCUCAUGUUGCAUAAUCAAGGUAAACCGGGACACGAGAUUCAGAGGAGUACGUUAGAGCUGAUCACUGGUCUUGUGUCUCUUGUUCAUCAACAGUGGAUGCCAGACGUCGCACAGAAAGCCAUGGAGGCUCUGCUAUGUCUGCACCAACCAGAGAACAUUGAGCUGUGGAAUCCAGAAGCACCAAUCAACACAUUCUGGGAUAUAAGCUCACAAGUUCUGUUCUACAUAUCCCAGCGACUGAUUCAGCACCAGAUCGUCAACUACACAGAGAUUCUCAAGUGGUUGCGCGACAUCCUCGUCUGUCGCAACCGCUUCCUACAGAAACACAGCACAAACGCCAACGUUGGCAGCAACAUUCCAGUCUGCAUACAGGCUCAUAUCAAGCUGGAGGUGGUAUUUUUUGUCUACCUGUGGAGUAUAGACAUGGAAGCUGUUCUGACAGCAAUGUCGUGUUUCCGUCUACUCUGCGAGGAAGCCGACAUUCGCUGUGGCGCCGAUGAGAUGGCCGUCACUCAGCUGUUGCCAAACUACAACGUGUACGCAGAGUUGGCAGCGGCAAGCACUGUCCUCACCACAGGAAGAGCAGCAUUGCAGAAAAGAAUUAUGGCUCUGUUAAGAAAAAUAGACCAACCAACGCCAGGAAACUCCCAGGCCUGGGAGGACACAUUCAGAAACUGGGACAUGGUCACUCGGUAUCUUGAAUCUUACCCCAAGGUCAAGUUUGAUGAAGGUCAGAGGGAAAUAGCUGAGAUGAUCAAACUGAAGAGAAAACCACCACAUCAUCCCAGUACUGAACAUGAACUAGAGGACCAACUCAAUGAGUGGGCCAACAUGACAGGCUUCCUGUGUGCGCUGGGAAGUGUGCGGCUGCAGAACAAGUGUCAGAAAGUCAGCACGACAGCACUGUCCGGACUACAGGUAGACACAGGACGGAAAAGCAGCUUGAUGCAGAGUUGUGCUAAUGACUCACAGUACUGUCCAGUUACACAAUUUAUUGGCAACCUUCUGAAACUGCUGAUAUUUCAGAAUGAGAAGUUUGGUGCUCAGAUUCAGAAACACGUCAAGGAGCUGGUUGGCCAUGAGUUGAACCCGGCUCUGUAUCCCAUUCUGUUUGAUCAGAUCAAAGUAUCGGUCGACAAGUACUUCGACUCAACCGGACAGGUGAUAGUGCUGGACAUGAACACCCAAUUCAUAGAGAACGUGAUCUUCAUCAUGAAGAACAUUCUGGAGAUGAAGUCCGAUCAACCGUGUGAAUACCUCGGUCUGACCAGCAUCGAGUCUCUCAUGUUGACCAUUGUCAGAUACGUUCGCCACUUGGAUUCAUCAGUCCAUGCUAUCCAGAUAAAAACAAAACUGUGUCAGCUGGUUGAAGCGAUGAUGCAACGUCGAGAUGAACUGACAUUCAGACAAGAAAUGAAGUUCCGAAACAAACUGGUUGAGUAUUUGACUGACUGGAUCAUGGGAAAUUCUCACCAAGUGAACAUCCAGGGAGAUAUCUGUAGUAUGUCAAGCAGGGACCUGGAUCAGGCGAGUAUGGAGGCAGUGGCGGCCCUACUGGCGGGUCUGCCACUGCAGCCGGAGGAGAGCGAUCGCGGGGACCUCAUGGAGGCCAAGUCGCAACUCUUCCUCAAGUACCUGACACUGUUCAUGAAUCUCCUGAAUGACUGCUCGGAAGAGGAACAGGACAAGGCCAUGGAUCCCAACAGGAAACGAAGCAUGUCCAAUCUGAGCGCGCUCAGAAACUGCACGGUGCAGGCAAUGUCUAACCUGCUGAAUGCUAACAUUGACAGUGGACUGAUGCAUUCCAUCGCUUUGGGGUAUCACAAAGAUCCACAGACACGGGCGGCCUUUAUGGAGGUUCUGACUAAGAUCUUGCAGCAGGGCACAGAAUUUGAGACACUGGCCGAGACAGCACUGGCCGACCGAUUUGAGAGGCUGGUAGAGCUCGUCACGAUGAUCGGAGACAAGGGAGAACUGCCCAUCGCCAUGGCGUUAGCAACAGUCGUGUCCAACUCACAAAUGGAUGAACUGGCUCGUGUGUUUGUCAACCUGUUUGAUGCGAAGCGACUGUUGUAUAUCCUCCUCUGGAACAUGUUCACUAAAGAGGUUGAAAUUGCAGACUGCAUGCAGACGUUGUUCCGUGGAAACAGCCUGGCGAGUAAGAUCAUGGCGUAUUGUUUCCGUUUCUAUGGUCAGAGCUAUUUACGGGAAUUGCUACACCCUCUGAUUAGCCAGAUGUUCUUGAUGGAAGAAAACCACUGCUCAUUUGAGAUUGAUCCAGCCAGGCUGGAGCCAGGUGAAAACAUUGAUGCUAAUAGAAGGAACUUGCUGACAAUAACUCAAAAGGUCUUCAAUGCUAUUGUUGGAUCAGCACCAAGGUUUCCAGCGAAAUUGCGUGGUAUGUGCCACUGUCUAUACCAAGUGGUAACUCAGCGUUUUCAGCAAAGCAGUGCCGAGGCGGUGUGGACAGUGAUUGGCACUGUGAUAUUCUUACGCUUCAUCAAUCCUGCCAUAGUUUCUCCUUACGAGUCUGGCAUCGUGGAGGAGGAGCCGACGCCCCGUAUAAAGCGUGGCCUGACGCUGAUGUGUAAGAUAAUGCAGAACAUCGCCAACCAUCUCCUCUUCACCAAGGAGCAGCACAUGACGGCCAAUAACGAGUUUCUCAUGAACAACUUCGAGGCAGGAAGGAGAUUUUUCACUGAAAUUGCCUCUGAUUGUGAAACUCUGGAUGCUGGAAACCACAGUUUGUCAUUCAUUAACGAUGCAAACGUCUUGGCCUUGCACCGUCUGUUGUGGAACAACCAGGAAAAGAUUGGAGACUACCUCUCUAGUAGCAGAGAUCACAAGGCAGUCGGCAGACGUCCCUUUGAUAAGAUGGCCACCCUGCUUGCAUACCUGGGACCCCCAGAGCAUCGGCCGUUAGAUUCACAAUGGAGCAGCAUGGACAUGACCAGCACCAAGUUUGAGGAAAUCAUGUCAAAACACAACAUGCAUGAGAAGGAUGAGUUCAAGUCGCUGAAGAAUCUCCACAUCUUCUACCAGGCUGGAACCAGCACCAGUGGAAACCCAGUCUUCUACUACAUCGCGCGCAGAUACAAAGUUGGGGAAAUCAAUGGAGACCUACUCAUCUACCAUGUUCUGUUGACCCUGAAGCCAUUUUAUCACAAACCAUUUGAACUUGUCAUUGACUUCACACACACCUGCUCUGAGAACAGGUUUAGGACUGAUUUUCUGUCCAAGUGGUUUGUCGUGAUGCCAGAAAAUGUCUACCUCAAUAUCGUGGCUGCCUACAUCUACAACUGUAACUCAUGGGUGCGAGAGUACACCAAAUAUCAUGACAGAAUUCUUGCCCCACUCAGGAACAACAGGAAGCUGCUAUUUAUAGAUCAUCCAGCCAAGCUUAGCGAGUACAUCCACGUGGAUCAUCAGAAGUUGCCAGGAACAACCGUCGCCCUCGAAGAAGAUCUCAAAGUGUUCAACAACGCUCUCAAACUCUCCCACAAAGACACAAAAGUAGCCAUAAAGGUUGGUCCAAAUGCUAUCCAGGUAACGUCGUCGGAGAAAAGCAAGGUUUUGGGUCACCAGGUUUUACUCAAUGAUGUGUAUUACGCUGCUGAGAUUGAAGAGGUGUGCCUUGUGGAUGACAACCAGUUUACCCUGACUAUAGCCAAUGAGAGUGGCCCUCUGUCAUUCAUCCAUAACGACUGUGAUAACAUUGUACAAGCGAUCAUACAUAUCCGCACACGAUGGGAGCUGUCGCAACCGGACACUGUGACAGUUCACACCAAAAUCAGACCAAAGGAUGUCCCAGGAACACUUCUUAAUGUUGCAUUGCUGAAUUUAGGCAGCUCUGACCCAAGUCUUCGGUCUGCUGCGUACAACUUGCUGUGUGCCCUCACCCAGACCUUUGACCUCAAGAUAGAAGGACAGCUUCUUGAAACCAAUGGACUGUGUAUUCCUGCCAACAACACGAUCUUCAUCAAGUCUAUCAGUGAGAAGCUGGCGGAGAAGGAGCCUCACCUGACCCUGGAGUUUCUCGAGGAGUGUAUUCAGGGCUUCGGUAACUCCAACAUAGAGAUGAAGCACUUGUGUCUUGAGUACAUCACACCUUGGUUACCAAACCUCACCAGAUUCUGCAAGCAGUGCGAUGAGAACAAGAGACAGAAAGUUGCCCUCAUUCUAGACAAGCUUAUCACCAUGACAAUAGAGGAAGAAGAGAUGUACCCAUCAAUUCAGGCAAAGAUCUGGGGCAAUAUUGGUCAGAUUGCUGAUCUUCUCGAUAUGGUGCUUGACAGUUUCAUAAAGCGAAGUGUCACUGGUGGUUUGGGCUCCAUACAAGCUGAGAUUAUGGCCGACACAGCUGUAGCACUGACGUCUGCAAAUGUUCAACUCGUCUCCAGGAAGGUCAUCGGCAGAUUGUGCAGGCUGAUUGACAAGACGUGCACAUCUCCGACCCCGACCCUGGAACAGCAUCUCAUGUGGGAUGAUAUCGCAAUUCUUGCUCGCUACCUCCUCAUGUUGUCUUUCAAUAACUCACUUGAUGUUGCUAGUCAUUUGCCUUUCCUGUUUCACAUCGUGACACUGCUCGUGUCGACGGGUCCACUGUCCUUGAGGGCGUCGACGCACGGUCUAGUCAUCAACAUAAUCCACUCACUGUGCACAUGCUCACAACUACACUUUGGAGAGAACACGCUGCAAGUUCUGAAGAUGAGUUUAGCGGAAUUCUCCCUUCCCAAAUUCUACCAGCUGUUUGGGAUCAGCAAGGUCAAAUCGGCUGCUGUGAGUGCCUUCCGAACCAGCUAUCGUCCCGGCGACCGCUCGUUCACCAUGGCACCGCCGGAGAAUGAGAAGAUGCCGCUUAGCUCCUUGGAGGCCAUUGCUGAUGCCCUGCUAGAGAUUAUGGAGGCAUGUAUGAAAGAUAACCCUGGUUGUGAUUGGCUACAACAGUGGACAGACUUAGCAAGACGAUUUGCGUUCCAGUACAACCCUGCUCUACAGCCGAGAGCGAUCAUCGUGUUCGGGUGUAUCAGCAAGUCUGUGACGGACUCCGAGGUCAAACAGCUACUGAAGAUCAUGAUGAAGGGGAGACCACCCUACUCUUUGACUUUCACUCACGCCUGUACAUUGCCGAGUUUUGGCGAGAAGUCUGAAAAUCUGCAAGAUCAAGCUGGAUUGAGGAGGGCACAACCAGCUUGUAUGGAGGCCCUGGAGUCGUACACUGAUCUGACCUUGAUUGAAGCAGUUGUCAUGUGCCUAACGAGACUGCAGCCUUUGCUCAAACCAGAGUCUCCUAUCCACAAGUUUCUGUUCUGGGUUGCGAUCUCGGUUUUACAGUUAGAUGAAGUGUCUUUGUAUGCUGCCGGCCUCGCCCUCAUUGAGCAGAAUCUCCACACACUCGACAACAUGGGACUCUUCGACAAAGUGUCUCUUGAGAAGUGUAUAAUGGAGACGCGUGAACCACUGGAGUGGCACUUCAAGCAGCUCGACCACUAUGUCGGCCUGAGCUUCACGACAAACUUCAACUUUGCCCUCGUUGGCCACCUCUUGAAGGGAUUCCGACAUCCAUCGCCGACCACGGUGUCGCGAACCAUCCGCGUUCUACACCAGCUGCUGAGCAUCACCGUGAAGCCAACAGGGAGGGACAAGUUCGAGGUCACAACCCAGACUGUCGCCUAUCUAGCAGCCCUGGUGUCUGUAUCGGAGGAGGUUCGCAGUCGCUGCCACCUGAAGCACCGUCCCGCUAACUACAUGAUCUCAGAAUCUCCGUCAUCCGACAGUCUGAUUGCCGAACUCAACUCGCAGGGGACGUCGGCAUCAGCCCCUGUGUCGGUGUUGUCGGUGUCAAUACCAUCCACACAGGGUCCCCUUCUCCCUGUCGCCACGCCCCUCGCUCGGCGACAGAAGAGCUGUGACCUGCUCGAUCAGACUGCCAUAGCCAUGGCCAGGAUGCAGAAAAAUACACAACUCUCACAUAGUCAGCAGGUUAACAGUCCCAAGGUUUGGAGAAGCCUUGACUGUGAGCCGAACGCGCGACCACCUCUGUGCAAAACACGCAGUAGCUCCAUGCCGACCCCUGGAACCAAGAAGAUGGACCCCAACACAUCGGUGCUGCCAGUGCCGCGGAGUGGCCGCAGUUCCGUGUCAAACGAGAACAACGUCCUGCUGGAUCCAGACAUUCUCGUCGAUUAUCCAACACAGGCCCUCGUUCUCACUGUGCUGGCCACCUUGGUGCGUAACACAACUGAUGAGAAUGAAGCACGCAUAAUAUAUGAGUAUUUGGCAGAAGCAUCUGUCGUUUUUCCAAAAGUCUUUCCUGUCAUUCACAGUUUGCUGGAUGCCAAGAUCAACAAUGUAUUGUCACUGUGUCACGACCAGGCUAUACUGAAUGCUGUACAGAGCAUCAUUCAGAACAUGAUAGCCUGUGAAGACGCCUCACAACAGCAGCUGUCGUAUCUUCAAAGUAUUGGCUUCGGUGGACUCUGGAGAUUCGCAGGAACAUUUACUAAGUCAUCUGGGAGUAGUGAUACAGCAGAACUUUUUGUGAACUGUUUAGAAAAAGCCAUGAUCAUGGAAUCGUGUCUCCCUGGUGACGACCUUGACAUUCUCAAUCCGUACCCGAGCUGUCUUGGCAUUUCAUCGAACCUGAACCUAUCGAGUUCCAUGUCGAGCCUGAGUGUGGGCAGCAUGCACUCUCCCACAGACAAAGACAAUGUUGACAAGAGUGCAAACGGUGCCCGCAUUCGGCACGUGUCCGCCAACAACAUCACCACCAAAAACAGAGCCGGUAGUUUCAAGCAGAAAGAGAAGAAGAAAUCCCUGGAACAGUUGGAACCGUGUCAGAACCAGUCCUGACUAUAGCGGGAUUUUUUACCCAUACUAGUGGCUGAAAGAAUUCGAAUGUUGAGAUCUAGAUUUUACCAGUUUUAAAAAAUAUUGAAGAAUUCUAGAAAAUUCAAAACAUUUAGAUCUAGCUUUGACAAGUUUUGGAAUUGUUGAAGAAUUCUAGAAAAACUUGAAAGAUUUAGAUCUAGCUUUUCCAAGUUUUUGAAUUGUUGAAGAAUUCUAGAAAAUUCUAAACAUUUAGAUCUAGCUUUGACAAGUUUUGGAAUUAUUGAAGAAUUCUAGAAAAACUUGAAAGAUUUAGAUCUAGCUUUUCCAAGUUUUUGAAUUGUUGAAGAAUUCUAGAAAAUUCAAAACAUUUAGAUCUAGCUUUUACAAGUUUUUGAAUUAUUGAAGAAUUCUGGAAAAUUCUAAAAAUUUAGAGCUAGCUUUUACAAAUUUUACAAACAUUGAAUUCUAGAAAGUGGAUGUCGGAGGAAUUUUAACCUUUAUGUUUUGUGUUUCUCUUUAUGUUGAGUUUUGAAAGGCAGGCCUUUUUUGUGUUAAUUAAAAGAAAAUGAGAGAACAUUUUAUGAUCAUAAAGAAUAAACAUUUUCCAUUGUAUAGCCCACACAGAAUGGGUUUAUUUUUUGUUUUUUCUCAUCAACAUAUUAUUUGUAUUUUGAAUUGUUAUAACAUGUUUUAAAACAUUUGCGAACCUGUGACUAUUUUUUAAUGCAGCAUUGACCUGUAUAUCAAAGCUACAUGAAAUAGAAGUGGAAAUUUACUUCCAGAAUGUAAAGAAUUGCGAUAGAUGAUAAAGUAUGUCCACACUCUGUUUGAUAGACACAAUAUGCCUACCAUGUUCAUAGAUAUAAAACUACAAUCAAAAUUUAAAUUAUCCACUGGUACAGUUGUAUAAAUAAUUAUUCACAUCAUUGAAUAUGGAUUACCCAAACACACAUGUUAUUGGUUUAAAUGAUUCCGUUAUGUUUUGUAUAUUUUAGAUGUUGCCCAGUUUCAAGUGAUACUAAAAAGUAUGUGAAAAAUUGUAAAACUUGACUGUUAUUUUGUAUUGUUGAUUAUUCUUUAGUGUUAAAAUUCUAUAUAUGUUAUUCAAAAGUAGUUGAAGCAUAGGGCAAUUGUUUAACCCCAGGGGAGGGGAGUGAUCAAAAUACCGAGGACCCACAAUUGACCUACAUCAGCUGAAAUGUCACUGAUAGAAGACUUUAUGAUGGGGCAGAUUUAGUCUGCUACAAUAAAAUAAUGUUAAAUUAGGAUUUAUAAUGAAACAGAAUUGGGCUUACCAAGCAUGUAACCCAGUUUCAACCCCUGCAAUUUAGAAAAAUAUCUGGCAAAAAAAUGUGCUGUGGAAGUUUUUUUUGAAUAUAGUCGACAGCAAAAAUAAAGUGCUAUGGAGAUUUAAAAACUCCAUGGCAUUGCCAAUCGCUGUGGGCAUUUGCAGGGGUUGUGGCUAGCUAGUGUGCUGGAUCGUAGACCAGACGUCUGGUUGUAAAAUUCCAAGGUUGUGUUUCUGUUUGAAACAUAAGACAUAUCUAGUCUUUUGUGAACUGUGAAGCUGCAACCAAACGUGUGACUCAUUCUUAAGAUGGUGGUGUUUCAUUGCUGGCAUCAUUCAUAGGAAUCAAAAGUGUGUGGGGGGAGGGGGAGUUGCAGGGUGUACUUCUGACCCAACUCACAAGGUUUUUGUCUCGCCUUUGUGAAGUGAAAUCAUAAGAUAUAAAUAUUACUUUUCCGAUGGCAACAGUAUCAACUUUUGCGAUAAACUGUAAGUCCUAGGUCAGUAAAACGUGGUUUAUAGUUGCACCUAUGGAUGUUCAGCACAGUGCUCCAAAAAUGUUUUUGGUAGGCGAAACUCUUAUAGUAUUUAUACAUUACCCCGUCCCCCAGUUGAAAAGUGAAUUAAUGUGUAACCAGCACCUCCCGUGACACCUGUAUCAUUUACAGUUGAGAUACUCAGAAUGAAGAACAAAGUUUUCAGUUGAGAAAAUGGGGUGGGACGUAGCCCAGUGGUAAAGCGUUCGCUUUAUGCACGGUUGGUUUGGGAUCGAUCCCCAUCGGUGGGACUAUUAGGCUAUUUCUCGUUCCAGCCAGUGCACCACGACUGGUAUA